AUGAUUUCGGGUAUUACAAGGAAAACAGGAAUAAUUGGAUCUGCGUUAAGAACUACUCUGAAUCGAGCACAAAUCCAACGAGAAUACUGUUUCUAUCCUAAAGUGUAUAUAUCAGAGUGUUCGCUAUUCAAACCGCAGUUUGUGAGAAAGUAUUCAAGAAAAAGCUGUUCAGAUCGGCAGGCUCACCAGUGUGUGUUGUUCCAAAAAGUGAGUGAUGAAACUAAUCUUGUACAGUGUAAUUGCUGUGAAAGAAGGUGCAGAAUCAAAGAUCAGUCUGCUGGGUACUGUAGAAUACGAUACAAUGAUAGAGGAAAUCUAUUCUUGAGUGUCUAUGGUUAUCCGUGCGCUCUUCAAAUAGAUCCCAUCGAAAAGAAGCCACUCUUCCACUUUUUGCCUGGAACAAGGUCAUUCUCUAUCGGUACUUUUGGAUGCAAUUACCGAUGCUCUUUCUGCCAGAACUGGAGUAUUUCUCAACCUCUCAAUGUUUCGUGCAAUCAACCAAACAUAGCAGGUCUUGUGCUCCAGUCCAGGGGAAGUCAGGAGUAUUUUUCACCGCAGGCCAUUGUAGCUCUGGCUUUAGAAAACCAUUGUUCCAGUAUUGCAUUCACUUAUAACGAGCCGACUACCUGGGGAGAAUACGCGCAUGACAUAGCAGAAGAGGCACACAAGAAGGGAUUGAAGUGUAUUUAUGUAUCCAAUGGGUCGAUGACCGAGGAGCACUUGGAGUUCAUCAAGAGUUCAAUCGAUGCAAUGAACAUCGAUCUAAAGGCUUGGAAUCCGGAUUUCUACAGGAAGGUGUGCGCAGGGGACAUCGAAGUGGUGAAAAGAAACAUCCGACGUAUUUGGGAGAUGGGAAUCUGGCUUGAGGUGACAACGCUUCUCAUUCCAGGAAAGAACGAUUCGGAUAUGGAAAUUGGGUCUAUUGCCCAUUUCCUAGCGGACAUCUCGCCUGCAAUUCCUUGGCAUAUAUCUGCGUUUCAUCCUGAUUUUAGGAUGAAGGACAUCGGGAACACUCCGGUCACAAGAAUGAAGUUUGCUUAUGAUGUGGGCAGAGAUGCAGGUCUGAAAUACGUUUAUUUGGGGAACAUAAAGUGCGCGCAUUGUGAGGAUACUAUUUGUCCUCAAUGUCACAAGAAAGUGAUUCAACGAAAUUGCUUUCACGUUCAGUUACCAACUGACUCUACUAUCAGCGGAGUGUGCCCUUCAUGCGGAACAAAAAUUGAUGGCAUUUGGCAGCAACAACUUUAG